AUUUUACUUAGGUCAUAUUUUAACUUAAACUAGGUGGGUGGGUUACCACUGCAAAACUGGAUUCAUGUAAUUCCAUCUACUUUAUAAUUAAUUUAUACCAGUGACAUGACUUUCCAACCAUCAAGAAUCCUUCGCUGUUACAGUCAUGAGUACUUGCUGGGAAUUUCUCAGUCGGCAAAGAAUUUGGACUAUUAGAAAUGUGUCAAGAUUGCGUAAUAGUUCGAUAUGCCAUUCAUGCAAGAGUGUUCAAGCACGGCGCAAGUUACAUAUCAGCAGCGAUGGCACUCUCGAGAUUAAGGUCAAGCCGUACUAUGUGACAACGCCCAUAUUUUAUGUCAAUGCUACUCCUCACAUUGGCCACUUAUAUAGCAUGGUACUAGCCGAUGUCCUCAAGAGAUGGGAGGUCCUGAGAGGAAGUAGACAAGCUAUCUUGAGCACUGGCACGGACGAGCAUGGAAUGAAGGUCCAACGCGCUGCAGAACUACAGGAUAUUCCACCAAAAGCGCUAUGCGAUACCAAUUCCGAUUCGUUCAAGGCCCUAGCAAAGAGGGCGAACAUUUCGAACGAUCACUUCAUCCGAACCACCGACCCACAGCACCGAGAGGCGGUUGAAUAUUUUUGGGCGCGUCUGAAAGAGAGCGGGCACAUCUACGAGACGACACACAGAGGAUGGUACUGCGUUAGCGACGAGACAUAUUAUCCAGAUUCUAUGGUGGAACAUCGGGUUUCAUCCGUGACUGGUAAUAGUUUCAUGGCCUCGAUAGAGACGGGCAACGCCGUGGAGAUGACGGAGGAAAAGAACUACCACUUCCGGCUCACAAGCUUCCGAGAUAGGCUCUUACAAUUCUACGAGGCAAACCCAGGGUGGAUUGUUCCCUCCAAUCGAUACGCCGAGGUCAAGAGCUGGGUUGAGAAUAACCUAGAGGAUUUGUCUAUAUCCCGACCGGCCGGUCGUCUUUCCUGGGGCAUCCCCGUGCCAGAUGACCCUGAACAGACUAUCUAUGUCUGGGUUGAUGCCUUGGUAAAUUACCUAACAGCAGCUGGAUAUCCUGUAUGGGCUCCCCGCUCUGAACGUGACCAAGGCUGGCCAGCUGACACGCACGUGGUCGGGAAAGAUAUCAUUCGUUUUCAUGCCGUGUAUUGGCCUGCGCUACUCAUGGCGUUAGAUAUCCCUCUGCCAAAACGCAUCCUCUGUCACGGCCAUUGGUUAAUGAGCCAACUGAAGAUGUCCAAGUCAGUCGGAAACGUGGUCAACCCCUUCUUCGCCAUCGACCGCUGGGGGGUGGAUCCUUUGCGAUAUUUCCUUGUUUACAGCGGCGCUAUGGCGCACGAUUCCGAAUACAAUAACGACUUCAUUGUAGAAAGGUAUAAGAAAGGCUUGCAAACUGGUCUCGGAAAUUUAGUCAACCGUAUCACCCGGCCCAAACAAUGGAAGUUAAGGGAUGCAAUCGUGGCUGUGACUACGGUGCCUAGCGAGGGAUCUGAUCCGUUUGCGAAUCUCACUGUUUCUAUGACUAGUGGGCAACUCAGCAUAUUUACGAAUGCUAUCGACAUACAUAUAGAAGAGCUGGAAUCUCUGGUAAGGACAGUCUCGCAUCACAUGGAUGAGUUGAAUCCUACCCGAGCUUUACAAGAGAUCAUGGCCUGGGUUUUUGAGACAAACAGAUUCAUAGCAACAAUGAAACCGUGGCAUCUGGCUCUUACGGGCGAGAAGGUGCUUCUUGAGCAGAGCAUCUACUACGCGGGAGAAUCGCUACGCAUAAUAGGCAUCCUAUUACAGCCUUUCAUACCGGAGAAGGCAGCCAUGGUCCUAGACAGACUCGGCGUCAGUCCCGACAGAAGGACGCUGCAAGAUGCUAAGUUGCACAAAGACGUCGACUACGGAACCCCGCUAGUAUCGCUGGGCAAAGGCGCACCUAGUAGCUUGUUUCCGCCGCUGGCCGUUGAGGAUUAGUUAAUAGAUGCAAACGAAGUUGUAUGAAAGAAUAAAAAAGAAAUUUAAAAGAAAAAUAGAUUCGUGGAUGAAUCUAGGUUCAACGUCCAUUCACGACGAUGUAGUCAUGCUACUAACGUCGAAGACACUGCUAUCUAAGCCGAGGAGGUUGUAUAUCUUUAUAUAUAUUAUACCAGAGUUGCUUUAUAUUGUGAUGACCAGACACCAGUACACACUUCUGUUUUAUUUCUAUCAACUUUUCAAUUCAGCGUACGCCGAGAAGCAUUCAGCAAUGUACCUAGUAGCUGCUGGUAGCUUUCUUCGUAAUGGCGGUGCCGUCACGUCGAACUCGCUCGAACUCACUACUUCGUGGUCAUUUAUUGGAAUGGCGUUAUAUACCUAGG